UAGCGAUCCGAACGAAUCCGCUGUUUUAAAUCUUCCAUUUGUUCCGGGUCUUAUCGUGCCUGCCUACAGUGCCAAAAUUAGCAUCAGUCUGCCGGCGAAGGUAAACAAACCACAUUAAAAUGGUUCGCGGCACCUCAAAGAAAGCAAAAUUACGGUUGCAAGUGCCGCAAAAGAAGCUGCAGCGUGCAUUGGAACUUCUGGAACAGCCGCGCCAGAUCGCUGGGGAAAGAAAUGACCACGGUUGCCCCUUCACCAUGUUAAGGCAUCUGGAUUACCGCACGACCACGCUUCGUCCUUUACACACUCGCCGAAACUGGGUGGACCACUUCAGUUCCACCGUCACCCGGCACGAUUGGGACACAUUUAUUCGGUCUUUGAAGCUGGCCGCACAAAAUAACUCGUUCAGCGGUGUGCAGACCAUCUUGCGAAACAGCGUCUUCGGCAUGCUCGCUCAUCCGCUUUAUCGGGAUCCAGCCACCAUAAAAUCAAUCCUCACCGCAAUAACGCCCUGUAGCAGUAGUGAGGAUGUAAAGUUGUGCCUGGAAACUAUCGCCCAAACCAUCAAUGGGCACACAAUCGCGUGGGAACUGAAUACACACAGAAAAAAGCCCAUCGUCCAGGAAACCCUUACUUCAUCGACGGAAAACGACCUAAAUGUUGAAGGAGAAAGAUAAAUGAACGAAUGAAAAUGAAAAAAAAUAAUGGAUAAAAUAAAGUUAAUUAAAAAAUAGCUGUC